CCCGAGUGCCGGGAGAUGCUCUCGUCGCAAGAGAAAACAAGCAGAGAACCAGAAAAUCCCAGAAUCGAGGCCUAUCGUGACAGUUAGCUGGUGUUAGAAUGGAUGACGACUGCAAUGGCCGUCCCUACAUGUCAGGCAGUGGAGACUCUUCGAUGGAGAGGGAGUUUUCAGGGGCCCUGGGAGGCCCCACAGUGAGCACCCCCAACAGCCAGCACACUUCCCCCAGCCGCUCUCUUAGUGCCAACUCCAUCAAAGUGGAGCUGUACAGUGAUGAGGAGGCGGGCCGCGGCACGGGGCCAGAGGAUGAGAGAGGGGACAGGGUGGAGGAGGAGGGGGGUUCUGAGCAGGGAGGAGAGGCCGGAGGAGGGGGCUACAGGGAGCUGGCCAGUCCAGAGCCCAUGUCACCAGGAGGUGCCAUCCGGCUGCCCAACGGGAAACUCAAGUGUGACAUCUGUGGGAUGAUCUGCAUCGGGCCCAAUGUCCUCAUGGUGCACAAACGCAGCCACACAGGUGAGCGGCCAUUCCAGUGUAAUCAGUGUGGGGCCUCUUUCACCCAGAAGGGGAACCUGCUGCGUCACAUUAAGCUGCUCGGGGAGAAGCCCUUUAAAUGCCCCUUCUGCAGCUACGCAUGCCGCAGACGGGACGCUCUUACAGGCCACCUCCGCACUCACUCAGUGUCGUCUCCCACAGUGGGGAAGCCCUAUAAGUGUAGUUAUUGUGGCCGCAGCUACAAGCAGCAGAGCACCCUGGAAGAGCACCGUGAACGCUGCCACAGCUACCUGCAGAGCCUGGAGACACAGCAGCCAGCCAACGCUCACACUCAAGAAGAGGAGCUGAGGGACCUGGAGUUCAUGCCUGACAACCUGCUGCAACCUUCCUCAGACAAGAUGGCGUUCAUCGAUCGGCUGGCCCACAGCAUCACCAAACGCAAGAGAUCCACACCACAGAAAUUUGUAGGACAGAAGCACAUGCGCCUCAGUCUGGCCGACAUGCCUUACGAGCUCAGCACCGCCUUCGACAAGGAUGGGGAGACGCACCACGGUGGUCUGGAGCAGCAACACUACACUAGCCUGGGAGGAGGGUACCUGGGGGGACAAGGAGGUGGAAGUGGUGGUGGAUCUGAAGGCCUCCGACCCCUACGGUUGCCUCUCCCUCACCCCUCCUGCCUGUCGGAGCUCCGGCCGGUCAUCAGCUCGGCUCACACCCCCAUGGCUACACAGGGGCCGAGGCUGGACUGCACUGGGGCCGGGGCUGGCCUAGGGUCCACGGGUGUGGGGGGCAGGGAGGCUGCAGAGGGCCACGAGGACCUGCCUCCUGGCUGCAGCCACGGCCCGUCACCUAGCAACGGUUGCCAGGACUCAACGGACACAGAGAGCAUGCCGGAUGAAGUGUUUAGCAGUGUGGCGCCUGCCCUGCCGCUCAAUAACAACAACAAUCACCACAACCUCCGCCACCUCCACUCCAACCACCACCCUCCUCCUCCGCCCCUACUGCACCACAGGGGCAUGGACAGCCCAAGCCACACCAAAGACAGGGAUGGAGAGAGGGACAGGGAGGAGGGUGGCCACCCUGUUGUCCCCCCACCUCCUGCCCUGGCCCCAGGCUCCCCUACCUCCAGGCAGGCGUUUCGGGUGGUGGACGGAGAGGGGCACACAGUGCGCUCCUUCCGCUGUGAGCACUGCCGUGUGCUCUUCCUGGACCACGUCAUGUUCACCAUCCACAUGGGCUGCCACGGCUUCCGCCAGCCCUUCGAGUGCAACAUCUGUGGCCACCGCAGCCAGGACCGCUAUGAGUUCUCCUCCCACAUUGUCCGUGGAGAGCACCUGCCAGGCUGAGGCUGGCUGGACGGGCCUCUGUACUUAGGGCUGUUUUUACUCUGAGAGAAGGGCCUGCAAUGGGUUUGGUCUGCACUGCAUCACACGAGGGGGAAGGAUAGUAAAACACUGUUUUUGGUAAAUGAUUUGUACACAGGCAUUGAUACUGAUAUCACAAACCUCAACUUCAAAUAGGCACAUUAGAAUAGCUCAAUUGCAUCACUUUUUAAAAAAUGGAGAAUCCUCACCACUCUGAAUACACUUUUCAAAAUGUCUGCAUUCUUACAAGAAAAUGCUAAGAUAAAGAGUAAAUGCACUUUUCUAUCCUCAGAAGUGCCUUUCUCUGGUGUGGUCUGUCUACCUUUCCUCUCUUAUCCGGGUAAAAAACCGGGCGCACAAAACAGUGAUGCUACUAGCUAGACAAUGUGAUUUAUAUCUGACCUUGUUUUCCUCUACUGCACUUUAAUCAAGAUUUUAACUAACAUAUAAAAUGCAAGAAAACAAACAGUCGUCAAUGUGCACUUUGUUGCGCUUGCGAGCUGCAGUCAGACAAAUCAGUAGUCGUCUUCUUUAGCUGCCAUUAGGCUCCCUAGGAACUUGUCCGUUUAGCAAAGCCCUAUUUGAAAAGCACUUUUAUCAAAUCCAUUCCAUUCCCUAAAACACUUAGUCCCUGGGGGCGUGGCAGACACAGUGUUGUGUAAGAUUGUGUAUUUGGUGUAUAGUAGGUCAUGUAUUUUAAGAAGAGUUGUGGUGCAGGCCAGACCCAGGAUCCCAAGUCAAAUGGUAAGAAGGAUUUGAGGGGUUGGCCUCAAAUGAGUGCACUUUCCAAUUUCAGUUUGUGUGUGUGUGUAGGUGUUUGUUCUUUUGGAAGUUUAGUAAGUUAAAUGAGAGAGUUGAAGGCUUUUAUCAGUGUGAAUGUCGUGGGGUGGAAUGCGGUACAGUAUGUUUGUUUUGUUUCAUUUGAUUGCUUUUGUUGCACUGAUUAUAUUAAACUAUUUUAUAGAAGAGGUUAUUUAUGGCCUGCACAUUUCUCUGUGCAGUGUGUUGAAGGAAAUAAAACAUUUUUUUAAACUCACUCCACAAAAGGAGAGCCACUGCCACUAUUUUGGAGUUGACUUCAACAAUGGGUGGAGAUAAGAUUGUUGGCAAUUUUAGAAGGUCCCUGAUAUCCCACUGUGUUGCUUACUAUGAAACAAACCAAAACAAUAUUAUUUAUUUAAGUGAGACCUAAAACAAUUGUUGUAUAUUCAUUGUAUUGUGCCUUUCAUGAUGUUGACCUCGCUGACAAUUCUUGGAAAAAUGUAUCUUUGACAUUACAUUAAAUAUCCCAGCUGGCCCUGCUAAAUACCCAAGCUGAAUCCUAAAUUGCCCUCUACUAAUCACUCAUUUUAAUUUGCAGUCACUCAUUUCUUAAGUGGCCUAAUGUUGAUAAACAUUUUAUAACAUCGUCCCAAAAGGAAAGAGACAAAGACAUGUUAAAAAAAGAAGCACUUUCAGGCAUAUGAAAGGUUUUCAAAUUAUCUUUAUUUGAUAAGUACAUGUGCAUGAGAUUGUUUGUCACCUGCUGCUAAGGCAUGAAUGAGUGUAAUGUGUGUGUGGUUGACCACAGUCAUUGGUGGUUAAGAUUGAGAACGUGAUUCUUCAGAAGUGACUUCGAAAUGCUUAUUUUGAUUCAAUGAUUUUCUUUCUUUCUCAUUGUUGUGUUUAUAGAGCACUGACGUUGGUAAACAUUUUCCUUGGAAUCAUGAAGCAUUCAGAUCCCUUCAGUCAACUUUGACUUAACAAUGCUUUGAUCAAAAGGAACGUGAUGAAUACACAAUUGUGAAUUAAAAGAAGCAGUUUGGUCAGUUGUGGCCCUACUCUUUUACCCAAUCUCUUAGUCUUCACAGUGAAUGAACUUGGAAGCCUGUAGGAUUUAUAGUUCUUGAUUAGGGCCCAGAGUUUCCCAUGGUCAAGCAAAACUCCUGGCCCUACUCAUGACACAGAAUAAGUAUGAGAGACAGGAAAAUCUGCUGUGGGAUUUAUUUUUUAAAUAAAUGUGAAACCCUUUACCUCAAAUGAUAAUUGCCUCUGUGGGGAGUAUGGGUUUGGUGAUGUUUUUAUUUUUUGGUUAAUUUGAUUUAAUUUUGGCAGCCCUGUAUCUUCACUUCAUUUAAUAUUUAAUUAAUCUUACAAAAAAAGGAAUGUGCUUUGAAGUGGACUGUAUACAAGAAAAUGCCUCAUCCCAAUGUCAGAAGAGUCACAAUCUUCUAAAGCAAUUACGUAGAACUGAAAUUGUACUGAAUUACAGGGCAUAGUUGCACUUAAUCAGUUGCAUUAAACUUAAUCUGUAAUGCUGUUCUAAUAGUAAUGCCUUAUGAACGGAUAUGUAAUUACUGUUCAAAGUAGAGAAAUUAUAUUUCUAAUGUAAUCCGAAAUGGUUGGAUUAUUGAAUUGACGUGGAAGUUCUGCAUCGAUCGUUUGACGCCAGUUCUUGAAACAGCAGAUUUAGGUGUCUCUCCAGAUAUGUUUCUGUGUGUAAAUGUUGCUAUUGUGCCUUUGCCCCCUGAGGCCCCUGAGGUUUUCACACUGUUUGAUGUUGGCUACAUCAUAGAUUUGAGGACAGAACGCUUGGCCAUGGGUCUUGAAAGCUCAAACGGUAACAAAAAUUGAUGUCAUAAGCUAGGUUUCCAUCAAAUUGGUGACAGAUUUUCAUGUGAAUAUUCUAAAAUCCGCAUAAAGAAAAUGUGAAUUUUCCCGCAGUGGUGCAUUUCCACCAAACUGACUCGUUGCGGAUAAAAAUCAGUGCGUGAUAACAGUGCACAACGUACUUUUUCACGUAAGUUUUCAUGUACCGAAUAAAAAUCUAAUGUUCAAUGUGUUUCUAUCGCAUUCAACUCUGAUAGUUUUAUCACAAACUGUUAAGUUAAAUAGCAAAUGUGCCUACUCUGGUCUUAGCACGUGCGCUCUAGCCAACAGCUUGCGAUACAGUGCGGGUA